AAAACCAGUACCACACAACCGUUCUCGCUGUCUCUCUUUUCGUUGCUCUCUCUCUCUCUCUCUCUCUCUCUGAUUCAUGUUCAUGGCUUCCCGACUCCCAGGAUUCAUUCCAAUUCCCGUUUCCCCAUUCCCAGUUGAGGUAUUCUCGAGACCCCCUCAACGAAUCCCUUGUCUUACCCUUCCACCUUCAAGUUCUUACUCCCUAGUUGCUUCUUCUGAGAGCAUUUCAAGCUCUAGAAGAGGAUCGCCGGCACUUAACGCUCUCAAGGAGGAACUCAUCCAAUCCCCAAGUUCAGUACCUACCCAUGAUUCCAGAACCACUCCUUCUUCUUCUUCUAAGCUCGUUCUCGUCGUGGGCGGUUCCGGCGGCGUUGGGCAGUUGGUAGUGGCAUCAUUGCUCAGCCGGAAUAUCAAGUCUCGGAUAUUACUACGAGAACCUGAGAAAGCAAUCGCCUUGUUUGGUGAACAAGAUGAGGAGACAUUGGAGGUGUUUAAAGGGGAUACUCGAAACCCAGAGGAUUUAGAUCCAUCUAUAUUUGAGGGAGUCACGCAUGUAAUUUGCUGUACAGGAACAACAGCCUUUCCUUCAAGACGGUGGGAUAGGGAUAAUACACCAGAAAGAGUAGAUUGGGAGGGUGUGAGAAAUCUUGUAUCUGCACUGCCUUCUUCACUGAAGAGAAUUGUUCUUGUUUCAUCAGUAGGUGUAACAAAGUCCAGUGAACUACCUUGGAGCAUUAUGAAUCUCUUUGGUGUUCUGAAAUUUAAAAAGAUGGGAGAGGAUUUUCUUCGCAAUUCUGGCCUUCCAUUUACCAUAUUAAGACCUGGUAGAUUGACAGAUGGACCUUACACGUCAUAUGAUCUAAAUACUUUGCUCAAAGCUACUGCUGGAAAAAGACUUGCAGUCCUUAUAGGUCAAGGAGAUAAACUUAUUGGAGAGGCUAGCAGACUUGUAGUUGCAGAAGCAUGCGUGCAGGCACUGGACAUAGAAUCUACUGAAGGGAAAAUUUACGAAAUUAAUUCAGUUGAGGGGGAAGGGCCAGGAAGUGAUCCACAAAAGUGGCGAGAGCUAUUCGAUGCUGCGGAAGGCCAAUGAUUGAACUCUCAUGCUGCGGAAGGCCAAUGUGAAGAUAUGCAUAGGCCAUAAAUUAUUGUCUACAGGAUGCAAAUAACCAGUUAUUGUAAUUUAUAUGGUUAAUUUAGCUGUAAUUAUAUAUUUUCUUUUAUUCUAGUUUCUUUCUAUUU